UAGAGGCAGAGACUUGAGAUGUGCAAAACUGAAAACUUGUUAUUUAUUUAUUUGUGUCAUUUGCAGUGUAGUCUAAAGGUAAAGGCUCGGAGAUUUUCCGCUGAAAAGAUGGGCUGAGUUCAGUGACAUUUAUGGUGGUUCACGUUUGCUUUCAGGAACAGUGAUUAUUGUCUCGUGACUAGGCUUCAGUUUGACAGAGGACUAUCGUUAGACAGAAUGAUGUCCCAACUCUUCUUUGUUGCUUUUGCAGUAUUUUGUCAAAAUACUGUGCAGGGUUUUAGACCAUCAGCUGCGACAAGACCCAACAUUGUGAUGGUGAUGUCUGAUGCAUUCGAUGGAAGGUUGACAUUUGCCCCAGGCAAUGAUGUUGUUCAGCUGCCCUACACCAACUAUAUGCGACAAUUAGGGGCAAUAUUUUUAAAUUCCUAUACAAACUCUCCCAUAUGCUGUCCCUCAAGAGCAGCCAUGUGGAGCGGUCGCUUUGUGCAUUUGACUAAAUCAUGGAACAACUACAAGUGCCUUGACCCCAAUGCCACCACAUGGAUGAAUCAGCUGCAGCAGAGUGGAUAUCGAACACUCAGCUUGGGAAAACUAGACUUCACAUCAGGAGGACACUCUGUCAGCAACCGUGUGGAGGCCUGGACUCGAGACGUGCCGUUUCUCCUCAGCCAGGAGGGCCGGCCUGUCGUGAACCUGGUGGGUAACUCCUCCACCGUGCGGGUCAUGACCCACGACUGGAAGAACACAGACUUGGCCUCCGAGUGGAUACGCAGGAGCAACGCCAGUGCCAACGGCAACGGCAACGCGGGGCAGCAACAGUCCCAGCCCUUUGCCCUGUACCUGGGCCUCAAUCUACCCCAUCCGUACAAGACGGACUCCCUGGGGCCCGACGCUGGGGGCUCCACAUUCCGCACCUCUCCCUACUGGCUACGGAAGGUGUCAUAUGAGCACAUUACUGUACCAAGAUGGCUGCCGGUGUCCGAGGUGCACCCAGUAGACUACUACUCCACCGUCACCAAGAACUGCAGCUCCAACUUCACUGUGGAGGAGAUCAGGGACAUCAGAGCAUACUACUACGCCAUGUGUGCAGAAACGGAUAGCAUGCUGGGUGAGGUGAUAUCAGCCCUUCGUGACACGGGGCUGCUGAACAACACGGUUCUCCUCUUCACCUCAGACCAUGGAGAGUUGGCCAUGGAGCACAGGCAGUUCUACAAGAUGUCCAUGUUCGAGGGCAGCUCCCAUGUCCCUCUGGUUGCUAUGGGACCAGGCAUCAAGUCGGGACUGCAGAUCAGUCAGCCCGUCUCCCUGGUGGACAUUUACCCCACCCUAAUGGAGCUGGCUGGCAUCCCGAGCCCCGAUGGCCUGAGUGGCUACUCUCUGCUGCCCCUGCUGUACGGCACCAACAGCUCCAGGCCAGGCUGGGUGCUGAGCGAGUACCAUGGCUGCAAUGCUAAUGCCUCCAUGUACAUGCUGAGGCAGGGCCGAUGGAAGUACAUCGCCUAUGCGGAUGGCACUAGCAUCCCACCACAGUUAUUUGACCUUUCAAAGGAUAAAGAUGAACUGAGGAACCUGGCCCCCUCCUCAUCUGAGCUAGUCCGUGGUCUGGACCUUCAGCUGCGCUCUGUGGUAGACUACCCCAGCGUCUCUAAAGAGGUGCACCUCUACAAUAAGCAAGAGUUCCUCUGGUGGAGACUGGGCCUGGGAGCCAACUACAGCCAAGUCAUCGGCAACCUGCGCUGGCACCUGGACUGGCAAAAAGAUCCACUGAGCAACGAGAAAGCCAUAGAUGACUGGCUGCUGGGCGUCCAGUGACUGAUUUUUUUUAUUGUCUGUAUUUUAUUUACUGUAAUGAAGGGGAGGAUAGAUGCCUGCUUAAAAAAAACAGCCUCCAGGGUACCAAAUGUCACUCUGACUUCUAGAUCAAAGAACAAGGCCUACAGUAUUUGCAUAACCAUCAGAGCACGCGUACAACCCUUCCUGUCGGGAAGUGCACCCUUGCACUGGAUGUAUGUGUUUCUUACACAACUUCCCCCACCAUACUUCUCCUAUCCAGGGUACCUGCCAUUCUAUGCUUCACCAAUCACUGGGGGUUUCUCCUGAUUUAUGUGGAGUUGUCUUACACUCUAUGCAAUUGUUCCUGAAAUGUAUAUUUAUUAUAUUGCUUUUUUUUCUUUACUGGGCUUGAUUACUCACUGAUUACUAGUUACUUUGCAUCAAAGCGUAAAGUCCAGUUAAAGCCUUUGUUGUUGCCUCUGAUAUCCCUAGACUCACCUACCCUGGGGGUGGGGGGCUGGGGCCCACCCCUGCUGCAUACGGCAUGACACUGAAAUGGGUGUUCAAAGUAGUCUGGUCAAAUAACCUUUUCUCUGUGUUUGACUUGCUCAAAAAGUCAGGCACAGAAUAAAGAACUAUAAACAUCUUGGAGUGCUGUGGCGCUAAGGCACC